UUCGCCUCUUCCUGCCUCCUCCCGGCUUCCGCCGCCGCCGCUCCAUCGAAUCCCAAUCCAGGGGUGAAGCAUUUCCUUAUUUAUUUCCGUUUUCUCGCCACUACAGCCUCCUGACACGGUGAUCCGGGCGGGCCCCGCAGGAAUUUUAUCCCCUCACCGGCCUCACACUAGUAUCGCAUGUCCACUAUCCAGAACCUCCAAUCUUUCGACCCCUUUGCUGAUGCAACUAAGGGUGACGACUUACUCCCGGCAGGGACUGAGGAUUACAUUCAUAUAAGAAUCCAGCAACGGAACGGCAGAAAGACACUGACUACUGUUCAGGGCAUUGCAGAUGAUUAUGACAAAAAGAAACUUGUGAAAGCUUUCAAAAAGAAAUUUGCCUGUAAUGGUACUGUGAUUGAGCAUCCCGAAUACGGAGAGGUUAUUCAGCUUCAAGGUGACCAAAGAAAAAACAUUUGCCAGUUUCUCUUGGAGGUUGGCAUUGUCAAGGAGGAACAGCUUAAGGUUCAUGGAUUCUAAAAUGAACCUAAAUACGUGGAGAAUUUCUUGAAUAAUUCUGUUCUCUAAACCCAGUUUGGCUGCCUUGUGAAAUGAUUCUCUGCAGUAAACGGACUUCUCAUUUAUUUAAUCAUUCAAACUUCCAUUCACAUCUGCAUGAUUAUAGAAAACAUGGGGUAUGUAGGCUAGUAACACAUAAGAAAAUUGCAGUAAGAUGGUAACAAAACCCCGUAUUCAUCUUAACAUGUUUCCAAUGGAAAAUAUUUUGUUUUGAGUGUUUGUUUGUUUAUUGUUCAGUUUAUUACUUUUCACUUGAUUAAAUGUUUUUUGUUGUAUUAAACCAUGUAUGUUGCAGCUUAACAAUAAAAAAAAAAAACUAUGAAUCCUUUUGUGAGCAGUUAUGCUCCCAAAUCUAAGCAAGUAAAA